AUGAGUGCUUAAUAAAGAAGACUAGAAGAGUAAAUGCGUAAGAUGGGAUACUAACCUGCUAAAAAAAGUCAGUUUUAGUUAAAACCUGUACAAAUAGGCAGGCAACUUAAAACACUUCCAGAUAUUCCCAUUACAUAAAGGUUAGAAGUUUCUCCAUAAGGAGCUUAAAAAUUAUAAAACAUAAUUAGUACAUAUCGAGCCUCUAAUGCUAAUAUUAGAAUAACUUGCAAGAGAACUUCAAUCUAACGAAUGUCUAUUAAAGAUUAAAUAAAGAAUUAUGUAAAAUACCAAAGUAGCAUGUAAGUAUACAACUAAAUUAUAGAUAACUUGAUGGUUUAGAUGCACUUAGAAAUUUAAUAAAAAAUGGAGAUUCAUUAAGUUUAGAGAUUAAUAAGUCAUAAAAUAUUGAAUUCUUUGUUGGAUCACUAAGUGAUGGUCAUGGAGAAUUUGGAUCCUAAAUUUCUUCAUUAAUUACAGAGUUUUAUAUAGAAGAAUUAAAAAAAUUGUUUACUUCUGUCCCCUUAUUAUAGCUAAGUCUAACAUUAAAAGACAAUCUAAAGAAAAUAUAUUAGCAGAUUGAAUAAAGAUUGGUAUAUAAUUAUUUAUAUUAUAUUUUAGAUUGGGUAGACAUUAAUUGAUUAUAGGUUAAGUGGAGCCUCACUGCUCAGUUUAAUUAUAGUUAAUAAUGUUAUAUAUUGUUCAAAUUUGGGAGACUCAAAAGCAGCCUAUUUUUAUAAAUCAGAUUAGUUAAAUGAUAAUCCAAAAGAAAUAAGAAAAUUUGUUUAAAAAAAUUUAAACUCUAUACAUGAUACAAAUAGUGGAAAAGAGGUAGAUAGGAUAAUAAAGAAGGGAGGAAAAAUAGAUUAAGCUAUUUUUAAAGGAUAAAAAGAAGGUAGUUUAAAAAUUUGGGUACCAAAAUAAAAUUAUCCUGGUAUCAAGAUAACAAGAUGUUUUGGGAAUCAAAUUGGAAAAUCUAUAGGAAUAUCAGCUGAUCCUGACUUUUUAGAAUUAAAAAUUCCAAAAUCAGGAUAUCUUCUUAUGGCAAGCACUGGAUUAUGGGAGAAAUUGGAUAUAUUAGUGAUUGACAAAAUCUUAGAUAGUAAUUACCCUCCUGAAUCUUGGGCUGAUGUUGAUAAGGCUACAAAAUAGUUAGGAAAUGAAACCAAAAAGUUUUGGGAUGUUGAUGGAUAAGGAUCUGUAGACAUUUCUUUAAGCUUAGUUUACAUAUCCUUAGAAAAGUGA